GAUCAAAUAUAAACAAUGAUAUCUUCUGCAGUUAACGAGGCUGUGAUUUUGAAGACAUUGUCUUAUCAAGAGGCAUGGGAAAUGUCUUAUUUUGGUGCAAAUGUCUUGCAUCCUCGAACAAUUAUUCCUGUGAUGCGGUAUGGCAUACCCAUCAUGAUAAGGAAUAUUUUCAACCUUUCGGCUCCUGGAACAAAGAUCUGCCAUCCUUCUGUUAAUGAUCAUGAAGAUAUGCAGAACCUACAAAAUCAUGUCAAAGGAUUUGCAACCAUAGACAACCUGGCACUUGUAAAUGUUGAGGGAACUGGAAUGGCUGGUGUUCCAGGUACAGCCAGUGCCAUUUUUGGGGCAGUAAAAGAUGUUGGAGCUAAUGUUAUCAUGAUAUCUCAGGUGCACUUAUAACUUUUUGCACUAUUUUCUAGUUGUCCAUGUUGAUGUAUAAGAAAUUGCAUUCAUCAUUAACAGUGAUUGUUAAGACUAAUUGAAAUAUUACUUUACUUGUUUAUAUGAUGAUCAACACAUUAUCUGUGACUGA